AUGGCUGCCAGGCAUUCAUAUGAAAUGGCAGUGUUUCAAACUCAGGAAGUACAACUUGAUCUUCGACAAAAGUUGAAAGAUUCUUGUAAAUGGAAUGUAAAGAGUAGGAGUUGUUUAUUUUGUUAUCUGGAUGGAAUAGUUCUGUUGUCUUCAAAGAAAGGAUUUGUCAUAGGAUUGGAAUUCAUAAUGCAGCAAUUUCAAGUUGACAUCUCCCAAAACCAAUUGGAACCAGAAGAUUUGGCUGCUCUCUGGAAGCCUCUACUGUCAAUUGUGAUGGAAAUUGAAAAGAUCAUGGAAGAAUUUCCUGGGGAAUUUGUAAAACGUUUGAUCGCCUGUCCUUAUUGUGAAGAACUUGUGUUUACAGGAGAAUGGCUAUGCCCAAAAGAGCUACAAAAUAUGGCUUCUCAGAUCUGUUUGAGUUGUCAGAGAGAUGUUGCCACUUACUUUCUGAUUCAACCAAAAGAACAAACAAGAGCUGACCUUAUUAGACAACGACUGAAAGAAUUGCACAAAAUAAAAAUGGAGCAAUUUCCAAACACAGAAGAAAAUGCUGAAAAAGUAAUAAAACUAUGA